UCCUCCGAAUUCAAACAGCGCGCGGCUGUAGAUUUGAGAGGGGAAGAAAUCAAAACUGCGCCGAUUUGAGUGGCGCGUGUGUGCGUGUUUGCGGGAGUAGUACAAGUAGUAGUAUAAGAUUGGCGGGGUUCGUGCCCUCUCCCUCGAUUUUGCCGGCCGAGCGUUUACUUCCCUGCUGUAUUCUUCUCGUCCUCGUCCUCGAUCUCGAGGGCGGACGGAGAGAUAGAGAGAGAGAGAGGGGCGGGUGGCCUCGGGCUCGGGAGCGUCGCCCAUGUUUUGACCUCGCCCAGGUCGCCGCCUCCUCCUUGUCCGCACCCCGCGAUCCAGAUCUGAGGUGGAGCUCUUGAUUGAUCGCCUGCAAGGAGUCUGUUGCUGCAAUGGUCUCCAAGAUGCCAUCGGCCCGGUGGAUCUCGGCUUCCCUGCUGGUCAUUCUACUGAGCCUGCAGCCCAUCGCCGACGCCUUCUACCUCCCGGGCACCUUCAUGCACACCUACGAAGCCGGCGAAACGAUCGCAGCCAAGGUCAACUCGCUCACGUCCAUCGAGACCGAGCUGCCCUUCAGCUACUACAGCCUUCCCUACUGCAAGCCCACGGAAGGCGUCAAGAAGAGUGCCGAGAACCUCGGCGAGGUUCUCAUGGGUGACCAGAUCGACAACUCGCCGUACCACUUCCACGUCAACACCAACGAGUCGCUGUACCUUUGCACCACCGACCCGCUCACCAAGGAGCAGGCCGAGCUGUUGAAGAACCGGGCGCGGAAUCUGUACCAGGUCAACAUGAUCCUGGACAAUCUGCCGGUCAUGAGGUUCACUGAGCAGAAUGGGAUGACAAUCCAGUGGACCGGAUACCCUGUCGGGUACAACCCCAUGGGGAGCAGCGAGGAUUAUAUCAUCAACCAUCUCAAGUUCAGGGUUUUGGUUCAUCCGUACCAGGCGCAAGGUGAUGUUGUGGUCACAAGUGAGGAUGGUGUUGCUAUGGUUGAGUCUGACCGCAAGAGCGGCUUCCAGAUUGUUGGCUUUGAGGUUGUUCCUUGCAGUGUGAAGCGUGAUCCUGCAGCCAUGUCCAAGCUCAGGAUGUAUGACAAGGUUGACUCUGUGAACUGCCCGUUGGAGCUUGAGAAGUCUCAGGUGAUCCGUGAAAAGGAGCGGAUUACAUUUACCUAUGAGGUUGAGUAUGUCAAGAGCAACAUCAAGUGGCCGUCAAGGUGGGAUGCGUACCUGAAGAUGGAUGGUGCUAAGGUGCACUGGUUCUCAAUCAUGAACUCCAUGAUGGUUGUCUUCUUCUUGGCUGGUAUUGUGUUCGUCAUAUUCUUGAGGACUGUCCGAAGGGAUCUGACACGUUAUGAGGAGAUGGACAAAGAAGCCCAAGCUCAGAUGAAUGAGGAGCUUUCAGGAUGGAAGCUUGUUGUUGGUGAUGUCUUCAGGGAGCCCUGCUGCUCAAAGCUGUUGUGUGUUAUGGUCGCUGAUGGUAUCCAGAUCACCGGCAUGGCAGUCGUUACAAUCGUGUUUGCUGCUCUGGGUUUCCUCUCACCUGCUUCCAGGGGAAUGCUCUUGACCGGAAUGAUCGUCCUCUACCUCUUCCUUGGAAUUAUUGCUGGAUAUGUUGGUGUCCGUCUCUGGAGGACUAUCAAACAAUCCACAGAAGGGUGGAAAUCUGUUGCUUGGCUGACCUCCUGCUUCUUCCCUGGCAUUGUUUUCAUCAUCUUGACCGUGCUGAAUUCCAUCCUGUGGGGUAAGAAGAGCACUGGAGCUUUACCUAUUUCACUCUUCUUCACCCUCUUGGCCCUGUGGUUCUGCAUCUCCGUGCCACUCACUCUUAUUGGAGGCUUGCUAGGCACACGGGCUGCAGGCAUAGAAUUCCCUGUCCGUACCAACCAAAUCCCAAGAGAGAUCCCUGAGCGCAAGUUCCCUUCAUGGCUGCUUGUGCUUGGUGCAGGAACAUUGCCUUUCGGCACCCUUUUCAUUGAGCUCUUCUUCAUCCUUUCUAGCAUCUGGCUGGGGAGGUUCUACUAUGUCUUUGGCUUCCUGUUCAUUGUCCUCUUCCUGCUGGUCAUAGUCUGUGGUGAGGUUUCUCUGGUCCUGACCUACAUGCAUCUUUGCGUGGAGGACUGGAAGUGGUGGUGGAAAGCCUUCUUUGCUUCUGGCUCCGUUGCUUUCUUCGUCUUCCUAUACUCCAUCAACUACCUGGUGUUCGACCUCAGGAGCCUGAGCGGGCCAGUCUCCGCGACGCUCUACCUUGGCUACUCCCUGAUCAUGGCAUUUGCCAUCAUGCUGUCUACUGGUGCCAUCGGCUUCUUGCUCUCGUUCUACUUCGUCCACUACCUCUUCUCGUCUGUUAAGAUUGACUAGAAGCCCUCCCUGCAGUAGUGUCACCCGAUUCUGGUGAUAGUUAUCCUUAGAAACACAAACACAAAUAAUUGUCAAACUGAAAAAUUGGGAACAUAUGGCGAUUUACAUGGCUUAGCACAGUUACUCCAGCUUUAAUGUUUACUUCUUAGACAUGUUUGUAAUGCUCCGGCCGUGUUACUCUUGCCUCUUUUUGUACUAGUAUUAUGUUUUGCUUCCUCUGUGCAUUUGUGAGCAGCAAAUUUUGUUAUUGGGGACGCCUAUAUUAAAUAUGAAAUUCGAUAACAGCUCCUUGUGGUCUGUUUUGAUGAUUUA